AGUACCGAUGACGUGCAAAAGUCCACCUGCUACAGAUAACUGUAGGUUAAUUCCUCUCCCAAACAGACCUCAAUUCCUACUACUAAGUGUUCUUGUGCUUGUUUUACGUCUUUGUUUCUCUUCAUUUCUCCAGUAACAUAUUUUCACUAAUUGUAAACUCAGUAUCUUACAGCUUCCUUAGGACUGUUGAAGAUUUGUACCUACUAUUCACCUGUAAAGAAUUAAAGAACUAUUUACGGAGCCUUUUUUUGUUUUCUGUAAUAGUUGAGAAGUGACAAUGGGUAGCCUUGAAGACAAAAGUUCAAGAUGUCCUUUUCUUGGACAGUUCAGGAACUCAUCAAAAGAACCAAACCACUGUUUUCGCACGUGCUCCUUCUCUUCAACGUUUCCAGCUUUCGCAAAUGCUUUCUCAAAUGUGUUUCGUGGUUUGUUGGGUGGGUCCUGUUCUUUCUACGUACUCCAAACUACUUCAUCCUUGGAGCUUUGGUCAACAAACGAAAAUGCAUCUACGGUAGAUAUUUCUGCCCUUCCUGACGAUGUCUGUUUACAAACUGUUCUGGUAAACUGUAAUGAUUUGAUUAAAGAUGAUGAAUGGGAAACUCUAAGCGACUGUAUAUGUAAAGCUUCUUCUGGCAAGUUUCUCGGUGCUUGCUCGGCCUUUCAACGAUUUAGCAGCAUCUCCUCCUCUCUUGUCAUUUUUCACUCGCUCAGAAAGUUUGCAAUUGCUUGGGACUCGUCGUUGUUUGAUGAAAGAAUCUGCAAUUACUUCUUUCGUACACUAACUGCUGAACUUAGCGGCGGUUCGCCUAUAUUAUCUCAUGCUAUUCGUAAUGUGAACGAAACAACUGAAGAAGACAUCUCGGUCCUUCAAAGUCAGCCCUACCGGAACUACUUGCAUGGGUUAUUCUACCAUAAUGUAGUCGACUUUCCGAACCAAACCGCAUUCACCUUUUGUAAAGAGUUUUACGAUGAUGAACAUUUCUCAGAUGUCUCUUUCACUUUCGGCCAGUUUCAUUGUGCCGCUAUGAAACUAGCUUCACAAAUUCAAACACAGCAUUCCGUUGUUCCUGUUCUUGUUCCACACAGUCCGGAACUGUUUGUAUCUAUAUUGGCUAUUUUGUACAGUGGGAACGCAUAUUGUCCCAUUGAUAUUGAAUCUACUGAAGAUCGUGUAUCAUUUAUUUGCAAGGAUGUUGAAGCUUCCUACAUUCUCACAACAUCUCAAUAUAAAACCGUUAUCCCACAUACUUUAACGAAAAUUGAUGUUAACAAUUCACUGAUUUCCGAACGUCUAAAUGUUGACGCAUUUUUGGAUAAAGCUCCGUCUUUUGAAGCCACGACCAACGAAACCUCCUACGUUUUGUACACCUCGGGUUCUACUGGCACGCCGAAAGGCGUCCCCAUUUCCCAUGACGCUUGUACAAAGGCUAUAUUGUCUCAUACAUUUUUAUAUGACAAGUAUCGAUUAAGUAGAGGUGAUCGGUGGCUACAAUUUGCUAAUCUAACUUUCGACGUUUCUGUGUUUGAGAUUUUCGGUAACUGGAACAUGGGACUUGAGCUUGUAACGGCAGCUCGAGACAGUCUGGUUGGAAGUUUGGAGUACUUAAUUCGUCAUUACAAAGCGAACGGAUUAGAAUUAACACCUACCGUUGCGAAUGUCAUUUCGGUAGAGGAGAAUCGGGGAUUGCUUUCGAGUGUUCGUAUGCUUGUUUCUAUCGGCGAAUUACUUACGGAAAGAGUUAUCGAUUUUUGGGAUACACGAUUGGUUAACGCUUAUGGACCAACAGAAACGGCGAUACAUGUUACCCUUAAUCCAUCUGUCUCACAGACAUCAGUUUACUUAGUGGGCACACCCUUACAAACCGCUGAGUUAUAUAUUUUAAACGUUAACCAAGCGUCUUGUAAUGAGAUCUUGGCUGAAGGAUACCUAGGAGAAAUCUGCGUAGCUGGUCCUCAGUUGUCUCGAGGCUAUCUGCAUAGAGACGACUUAAAUGAGAAAGUAUUUGCAAAGCUUCUCUUAGACAAUUCGUCUGCCGCCAUUCCGAUAUAUCGUACUGGAGACAGUGGUCGCAUUAUCGACGGCCAGCUAUACGUAUACGGACGUAUUCAAGGUGAUUUGCAAGUUAAAAUUCGUGGAAGACGUGUAGAACUUGGCGAAAUUGAGUCAAAACUUACCAAAAGUGCGAAAUCACUUGUUGUCGAGAAAAUUGAUCAGUCGCUGGCUGCAUUUUUUGUGGGGAAUAAACAAGAAGUAGAGAGAACUGCUCAUGACUCCCUUCCAGCUUGGAUGCGGCCUUCUGCUUUUAUCCAACUUUUAGAACUCCCGCGCCUUUCGAGUGGAAAAGCUGAUAGAAAAAAGUUAAAGGCCGACUUUAAUACUUUACUGAAAUCUCAAACGAAGCCUGAUAAUAAUUUUGAUUAUUCUUUAUCAGAUGAAGGUAAGGCGCUGCUUCAAGCAAUACAUGUUGUACUUUCUCGAAAAAGACAAGAUAUAACAGAUGCACUUAUCGCUUCCUCGAAUAUUCUUGAUUUGGGAAUGGAUUCACUAGAUGCUGUGCAGGUUAUCCGGAUUUUAGGAACGAAGGGUUUUGUUUGUGGAAUGGCAAAGCUAAUGACCGAAACAUUUUCAGAUGUUUCUGCCUCAUUACGAUACAUUUCACCACCCUUGCGUAUUAAGCAGAAGUUACCUGACUGGAUAUGCUCUGACUUGCAAAUUGGUAUGCUUUACGAUUCGUUGAAAGACGAUCGUAAACUAUUUGUAAAUCAAGCUGUCAUAAAAAUUGAUUACUCUGCUGCCGAAGUUGUAAAUAUAUGGCCCUCACUACUCAAAAUACAUGAUUUAUUAAACUUCGGGUUUAAAAUUGAUGAGAAAAAUCACUUCAUAAAAGAAAGGACUCAACCAAAAUUAGCACCAACUAUAGAACAUGUUUCAAAGUCUUAUGAUAUAAGGAGGCAUCUUGAAGAAGUUUCUGUUUCCGAAGAAUUUCUUUUGAAUGGGCCAUAUGACGCUAAAUUGUUUGUUUUUGCAAACGAUUGCACGUAUCUGAGUGUAGUCAUUCACCAUGCACUAUAUGAUGGUUGGUCGAUAGACAUCUUAAUGAACAAUAUUGAGAAACUCUUAGGUGGAAAGACCCCGAAGGUUGCAUCAAGUUAUGAUCUGUUUCUAAAUGCAACCCACGACUAUAGAGUUAUGCAUCAGAACAAUGACGAAGCAUUUUGGAAACGUGUCUUAAAUGACUAUAAACAGACGUGUUCUCUUCCAAAGACAACCCAGUAUACUGAACUUUGUACAAAAAAUGGUUUAAAAGUGUCAAGUGUUGAAGCUUUUUGUCAACGAUGGCGAGUGACGCCAAACGCUCUCUUUCACGCUGCAUGGUCUAUCAUACUUGCUAAAACGCUAAAGAGCGACGAUUUAGUUGUUGGAACGGUAGUUUCGGAGCGAAGCUUUUCGAUAUUGCCAGAUGUUGAUUACGUUUUUGGACCAUGCAUGGCUACUCUUCCUCUUAGAACUUCCGUAAAAUCUGGCUUGCAGUUCUUUAAGCAUUGCCAGCUCGUCAAUUACUGUUUGGCUAACACGAUCGAACAUAGCUCUUUGUCUUUCCACCAAAUUAAAGCCUGUACUCAGUAUACUGGAAAUCUUGAUACUGUCUUAAUUCUGCAAAAAACGUCCAUUGGUGUUUCCCAUCCUCAUGUCGUACUAAGGCACAUGACGGAUUACACAGAACAUGGAAUUCUAUUAAGUAUAGAUAUUGAAGGGAAUGGCGACUUUUAUUCAUUCAGUAUGACUUCACUACUUGAAGAAAAUCUCACUAGUGAGCUUUUAACUUCUUUCGAAACCCAAGUGAAGGUUAUGAUAGAGAAGCCGAAUGAGACUUUAAGUCUACCAAAUGUAAAUCAUUCGCUUAACAGUAUAGAUAAACUAUACACGGAGCAAGAUACAAUUCCUCAAAAUAGAUGGUCCUUACUAGCUAAACGCUAUCUUGAGAAUUUAUUAAGUACUGAUCUAACUACUUACUCUUAUACAAAACCGCUCAUUUAUGCUGGUUUUGAUUCCUUCAUGGCUCUUCGUUUAUUGUCAAUUUUGAAAAAAGACGGUUUUAAAACCCUAAAGCUUACCGAUUUAAAAGACUCGUCCGUAGAGUCCAUCUCGUCGGCCUUGGAAACCAACUCAGGGAAACAGCAAACAUCAGAAGAGCAUACAAAAAUUAUAAUCUCGCCUAGAGACAUUACGUGGCCACAAAAAAUCACUUCAAAUGAUGUCGAGGCAUUUUAUUAUUGUACUCCUGUGCAGCAAGCUCUAAUCACUAGUACGCUUACGGAAGGCAUAGAACACUACUAUAAUUAUUUUCUUUUUGACAUAAAAAUUGGCGUUCAGCAAUUCGUAGACGCCUUUACACGUUUAUGCCAAGAGACUCCUAUCUUGAGAACUUGUUUUGCGUAUUGCGACUCUGAAAAGAGUUCUUUCUGUCAAUUGGUUCUAAAAACACUCAAAAUUGAACCCCGGUAUGAAGAGUACAAGGAAGGAACAUUAAGUCAGUAUACCACAAGCAAAUUAGAUUUGUUGACUUCGGGGAAACCACCGAUGGAUUUAAUUAUACUUAAUUCUGAUACAGCGUGUCUGGUGCUUUUAGUAAUGCAUCACACGUUGUAUGAUGCUGAGUCUUUCAACUUAAUAUUGGAAAGGCUCAAUGAUCUCAUUGCAGGCGAUACUUUAAGGAAAGCCGACAAUAUGGAGUUAUUUGUCUCACACAUCUAUGAGUGUCAACAUAAUUAUAAUUUAGAAGACCUUGUACUGCCACUCCGUAAUUACCAUUCGAAAACUUUCCCUGAACUUUCCUUUGAUCAUGGUGAGUCCGUGAGGCAGUGUAGACAACUUGGAGCUUCACUUGAUGACAUUAAACAAUUUUGUUCAGACGCAGGGGUUUCGAUCUCCUCCCUUUUAUUGACGAUCUGGGCAACUUGUUUGUCAAUACUUCAAGAUACAGUCGAUGUUUGUUUUGGUUCUGUUGUCAAUGAAAGACAUGAGUCACUGCAUAACACGGACGAAGUCCUUGGCCCUACCUUUAACACGGUUCCAAUCCGUGUCGAAUUUGACAAGCAGGUUUCAUUUAUUAGACACUGUCAGAAGGUUGAGAAACAGAGAGUGCUUUUCAAUCCACUAAGAUACUUUUCGACUCGGCAAAUAAAACAGGCCUUAGGUUUAGGACGGGGUCGACUAUUUGAUACGGUGUUUAUUCUCCAAUCCCAAGGCGUUUUCACUAGUGAGUAUUGGAAUCUUAUAAAUGAAAGCAGUGAGAACGAUUUCGCUGUAAUGUUGGAAGCAGUUGCCAACGAGGAAUCUAAAACUGUUAAUUUAACUGUUAGUACUUGGGGUGAUAAAUCCUCAAACGACUACCUAAUUUCACUAUUUGAUUAUCUUCUUUUGUCUUCACUGAAAAUGAAGACACACAAACUCAGUGAAUUAACUUUUCCCGAUGGGUUUUACGAAAAGAGAGAAGCCAAAGCAAAAACAGAACCAAUGGAUACCACCAUUCCCACAUUUCUCAAACGUCCAACGAUGACAAAAGGUGGUAAUACUGCAGUCGUUUUCCUUUCACUGGGAGAAACUCUCAGGUACUCUUUUUUGGAUAUCGCCAUGCUUGUCACAAAAGCUGUAUGCUAUUACCAAAAGACCGGAAUAAAAACUGGUUCUCGAAUCUUAGCAAGACUUCCUAUAUGUCCUGAGCUUUUAAUAAUCGCUUUAAGUUCUAUGUUUCUUGGAAUAAAUUGCUACUUCUUGGAUGUUGGAAUUGACGACAAUCACAUUGAUGAAUAUGUCUCGCUAGUUUCGCCAGAUCUUACUUUCUCCGAAAAGGCUGAUUUCAACUCAGCUUUAGCAAGCGCUGUUCCGGAUCUCAAUAACAUCAAGGAUUUCAAAAGUUCCGACGAACUAAAGGCUUCUGCAAAAAGUGUGUUUUUUAACUUUUUAUCUAAAUAUGAGCAGAGCUUUGAAGCUGUCUCUGUUACUGAUCUAUUCGACUCUUUAACGUUUGUUAACUCUCAUCUUCAAAUUACUGAGAACGAUCGAUGCUUUCAUCUACAAUCUAUCCUAACUGGAGCGAAAUUGUCUGAGCUUCUUUUAGCAUAUACAGCAGGUGCAACCUCUGUUAUUUUAGACUUUGAGACAUCUUUAAACGAUCUCACUCUGUCACUAAAAAAGCUAAACAUUACCAUUCUAUCAUCUUCACUUUCACUCUUAUACCCAUUAAAUGAUGACAACUGCGAAUGUUUACGUGCCGUUAUAUGCCAAGGUCCCUCACCAAGACAAGUCAACAAAAAAUUGAAGUCAAAGCUCUUCAGCUUUUAUGCGCCAAAACGUUUACUGUAUGUAGCCCUUUUUGACAAGCAUCCAGCGAAUUCAGCGAUUCUCCGGCAUUUCGCACCAACGGUUGCAUGCUCUAUUCGUUCUUUUGACGACACCUCAACUGUAAAAUUAGUGGGUGUGCCUGGCGUGAUGGCCAUUGAAUUCGGUUCUGGAAGCUGUUUCAUCACUGAAGAUGUUUUCAAGAUGUCUUGCGAUGGAAAAUUACGUUUUGAAGCUAGUAACGUCUAUUCUUACUCUAAGAGCUGUGGUGAAAUGUAUUUGGACAAAAUAGCUAAUGAAGUCAUGGACAGUUUGCCCACUCUUGAGCUGCUCUUAAUUAUUCCUUCGUGGAAUGACGAACCAAUUAAUUUGUAUAUAAUCUAUCUGCUAAGACAUGAACAAGAUGGAACUAAUGAGAGAAUCGAGAAAACCACGCGGAAACUUCUGGCAGAAAAUCUGGAGGCUCAUCUCUGUAUUCGACGCUUAAAGAAUGCUACAGAGUUUAUUUCAUCUUACGAAGAAAUUUGUAACAAUGUAUCGAAGAAGAGCUUUCCACGAACAAGUUUGAACGCCGAGGACGGUUCAUAUGAUUCUCAAAAUGAUAUACUCGAUGCGGAUUUACUGAAACUCUUGCAAAAAGUUGGACAUCACAAAGGUGAAAUUCAUUCAUCUACACAGCUCCUCUCAUUGGGUAUAGAUUCCCUGAAUACUGUCCGGCUCGCAUUCAAGUUACAAAAAAUGUAUUCCACCUCAAUAACUGCCUCGGCCAUUCUGAAUUGUGACACAGUCGAUGAUUUACAAAAACUCAUUAAAGAAACACACCCGGUUAAUACGGAACGCGUUGAUGAGCUUAGACAAUUAACUAGGAAGCUAUCUGAAGCGAUAAAACAGCACAUUGAUUUAGGCACGCUGGAUAUAAAAAGUAUCGUUCCUUGUGUUCAAUCCCAGGUGGAAAUGCUGACCUCUUUUUUUUCCAGCAACGGAGAGAAAUAUUUAAAUUACAUUACUUACGAGUUAUCUGAAGAGGUUGAUUUGGACAAACUGUAUUAUUCAUGGAAUUGUAUUACCCAAAAGUUAGACAUUCUCAAAACUAUUUUUGUGCCUACGUUUCAACUUGAGCAUCCAUAUGCGCAAGUUGUUCUGAAACAAGUUCACACCCAAUGGAAGCUUCUUAAUGUUGGCGAAUCUCUCUCGGAAUCGUUACGUUGUGCGAUUGCUGAAGUGAAGGAAUCGCUUCUGAAGUCUCGGCUUUCUUUGCCUUACCGGGUUAUUGUAGCUAAACGUGGUCAGCAACCUGCAACGUUUACACUGUUGCUUCACCAUGCUAUGUUUGAUGCCACAUCGCUAGAGAAUUUGCUGAUGAAGGUAAAGGAUUGCUAUUACGGUGAGCUACUGCAAGAUGAAUAUAAGUAUGAGGACGUUGUUGCCCAAAUAUAUUCAAUGUCAAAACUAAAAAAGGCAAAGCAGUUCUGGGUCACGGCUGCCAAUGGUUUCGAUGCGACACUUUUUCCUAAUCUAAACGCUACUAUACCUUCAAAUUCCGAAGUGAAAAAAAUCACAAAGAAGUCUUCAUUAUCUUUACAUAUGUUGAAGCAGUACACCAAAAAAUUUGAGUGUAGUUUGCUUUCUUUGGUGCAGCUAGCUUGGGCCAAAAUAUUAAGUUCAUACACUGGUGAACAAUCUGUUGUAUUUGGAUCAGUACUUUCUGGUCAUAAUGCAUUGAAAGAUUCUGAGAGUUCAUUUUUUCCCUGUUUAACUACGAGUCCCGUGUUUGUUUCGUUGAAUGGUUUGGUCAAAAACUGCGUGCGUCGACUUAAUGAAUUCAACAAGGCAAGCGUAACAUAUCAGUACACUUCGUUAAGAAAAGUUAAAGAAUGGUUAGGCUUCCGAAGCACAUCUAUGCUCUUCAAUACACUCUUUAUUUGUCAUGUUCCAUCGUUGAACCACAAUGAUAUCUUUUUGCGAGAAAGAACAAGCUAUGCCAAUUUAGAUUACCCGCUGACAUUUGAGAUUGAGCUAACUGAAUCUUAUGUUUUAUUUUCUUCUGUGUAUAAUACCUCUAUUAUUCCAGAAUCUCAUGCUUUAUUGCUGCUUAACCAAUACGAAGCUUUGUUAAAUGUUCUUUUAAGCAGUCCGGAAGGAAAGAUUUCAGAGCUUGAAAAGCUUUUGGAUUACAAACUCCUUUCCGUAAUAAAGCCAACUGUUGACGUCUAUCCUUCUUCGGCGAAGUUGCUUCACCAAAUGUUUGAAGUUUCGGCUACUUCCUUUCCAAAUGCUGUUGCAUUAGAAUUUGUAACAGAUAUUACAACUUCCGGUUAUGAAAGCAAAUGUUAUACAUAUGAUAAGGUUAAUCGGUUGGCAAAUCAGAUUGCUAGAUACAUACUUAAGAAAAAAGGGUCGUCUACAGCUGUUAUAACAGUCUGUUUCGAAAAGUGUCCUGAAGCUUUUAUUACCAUCCUUGGAGUAUUAAAGAGCGGAUCUGCCUUUCUUGCCCUUGAUCCUUCUGCACCAAUUGAACGAAAACAGUUUAUUGUUAAGGACAGUGCGUCCUCGCUGGUAUUCGCCUCAGGAGAAACUUAUGAAUGUUUAAAAAAUGAAAAUCUUAGCGCGGAAUUAGUUGAUGCAAGUAAUAUUGCUCUUUUUAGUUCUUUCGAUGAAUGCAAUUGUGCUGUAACAGCUACUGAGCAGGAUUUAUCUUAUAUUCUCUACACAUCAGGGAGUACUGGAAAACCAAAGGGUUGUUGCUUGACUCACCAAAAUGCCGUACAGGCCAUACUCGCGUUUCAAGAACAACUCUCUGGCUCUAUUGACGAAAAUGCUCGUUGCCUGGCCUUCGCCUCUUUUCACUUUGACGUUAGCGUUCUUGAACAAUACUAUUCUUGGAGCACUGGUAUAACAUUGGUUUCAGCUCACAAACAGCUUUUGUUACGGGAUUUACCACAUGCAGUGCAAUGUUUAAAAAUUACACAUAUUGAUUUGACUCCUAGUUUGGCGUCUAUUCUGACACCGGAGAAUUCGCCUUUCUUGCGUGUGUUUAUCACUGGAGGUGAGAGAUUACGACAGGAAGUGCUCGAUAUUUGGGGCAAUACUGGAGUCUUGUAUAACUUUUGGGGUCCAACAGAGCUUACCAUUGGUGCAAGUGCAUUUAGGCGGUUGCCAAGAAAUGCAAGAGUGUCUAAUAUAGGGCCUCCAUUUCCGAAUUGUGGUGCAUUUGUCUUAUCUCCAGAAACCAAUACUCCAGUAUUGUUUGGAGGUAUUGGUGAGAUUUGUAUGAGCGGAGCGCAAGUUUUUAAAGGCUAUUUGAAUCUUCCUGCUGCUACCGAUAAUCGAAUAAUUCAACUGAAGCCUUUCAGCGACCGCGUGUACAAAACCGGUGAUUUGGGUCGUUUCCUUAAAGAUAACUGUUCCAUCGACUUUUUUGGCCGCGUUGAUAAUCAAAUAAAGUUGAGGGGACAACGAAUUGAAAUUGACGAAAUUAAUACAAUCGUGAAGGAAUCUUCAGAUCGUGUUAUUGACGCGGUGACUCUUGUUGCACGGCAUCCGUCACACAAUAAGGAUCAAUUAAUUACAUUUCUAUUUCUUGGAAAGCCUAAGUCUGAUGUCUCCUUCUUUAGUUUUCUUGGUAAAAAUUCUGAGAUUAUCAAUCAUAUUAAGAAAGAAUGUCAGACCAAGCUAGCGAACUAUAUGGUGCCAUCUUUGUUUUUUGUUGUAAAGGAGCUUCCUUUAACACCGACUAAUAAACUUGACGUUAAGAGACUUCUGCAAGAGUAUGCUGCUCUGGAUCAGAAAUCAUUGAAUUUUGCUUAUCGUCAAGCGAAUAGUUCUUUCAAACAAUCGAAAACAUCCCAGCAUCAGCUUGAUCAUAAUGUUGCUGCUUUAAUAGCCUCAUUCACAAAGAUUCCCAUCUCAGAUAUAUCUCCGGACAUGUCGAUAUAUGAGCUCGGUCUAGAUUCAGUUUCAGUUGUUCUUUUAAGCUCAUUGUUUCAGAAACAUGGCUACUCGCUGGCCACUCCAUUACAAUUACAGAGCGAUAAUUACCUUUAUCGCAUAUCGGAAAACUUGACAGCCAGUCACGGUCCGUCGCAUCCUGCACAGAAGAUGAAUAGGAUUCAGGUUGAUUGCUCCCCUGGAAUUAAAAAGUUAAUCAGUAUUGGAUUGUUUAAUAAAGUUGAACGAAUAACUCCCUGUUUACCAUUAGUUGAGGGCAUUCUAUUUGAGUUUGAAAAAUCAAAGAGAGGCACUUACUGGACCGGCGUUAACUUGUCGUUCCCUAAUGAGCAGUUGAAGCGAAAAUUCCUCAAUUUAUUCAACCAAACCUACAAAAGUUACGAGGUUUUGCGAUCAUCGUUUAUUCAAAUUGAUGGCGUGUACUAUCAAGUAUUUUGGAAGGGCAAUGCAAUUUCAACAGUUUCAAGAAAUCUUGAAAACGAGUUUAUUGUUUACAAGCCUUUUGAGCUCAUUACUAAGCAGAAAGUUAAUAUAACUUUACGCAUCUUUCACGGAGUAUUUGACGGAUGGUCUCUAAAUCUACUACUGCAUGACUACGACCGUCUGCUUAACGGUGAUACACCAAUUGAAAGACCAAGUUAUUCUAAAACGGUUGAAACCAUCUUAUCGAGCGUUGACGAACAAAGCUCCCGACAAUUUUAUUCAAAAUAUUCUAGUCCGUUAAUUUUACCUCGGUUAGAGUUAGAGUCUCAAGAAGGAAUUGCGUACUCUCAAACGUUACAUGUAUCGUUUUUAAAGCUUGAGACGGUCAGAAGGAAAGUACUCCAAUGCUCCCAGCAAGUUUUUUUCCUUGCGUCUUGGGCAUUUUUUAUCAACUCUCUCUCGACUUGCUCUUCUUUCGGUCUCAUUAUUGGAGGGCGUACUGGUUUUGAUGAUAGUAGGCUUAAGGUUCCUGGUCCAUUGUUUAAUACAGUCUGCUUCAUGGUACCAGAUGCAAAAGACAUAGCUUUCUCUGAUUUUGUUAAAAGGUGCCAAGAACAUUUAACAUUGCUAUCAACUCAUCAGUACGUUGCUCUAAAAAAUGUUAAGAAAUGGUUGAGAACAGGAACUCUUUUUAACAUGCUUUUUUCAUUUUUGGAUAAAAGUUCUGAUCCUGAGUUUAAAUCUUUCAAAGUCAAAACAGAUUCAGGAAGAAUUGACGUUCCUUUUGCUGUUGAAAUUGAAAGAUUACAGCGAAGCAGAUAUCGGAUUCAUCUGACCUCUAAAUAUCUACGGUUCAAUGGACACAAAAUAGUGGAUAUAAUUAAUGAGUAUGAGGCUUUCCUGUCUAGAAUAUUGGUAAAUCCACUUCUGAUUAUGGAUUCUCCCGAGCCUAUUGUUGCAUCAACUACUAAUACUUCAAAAUCUGGUACUCAAAUUGACUCCAGUCCUUUACUUAGAAAAAUUAUUCAGUUACUAGAUGUACGCUAUUCGGUUCCCUCAGAGGCAUUUUUUAAUUCAUCAACUAUCUACGAGUUUGGAAUGGACAGUAUUGAUUUAAUAUGGCUUUCAUCACAACUUUCUUCCAACGGUAUCGGCAAACUUGAUAUUGCAAAGUUUGUGGAAGAUCCAAAAUUUGGUAAUCUCUUGAACUGCAUCACCAGUGACAGUCAAGUUUUCACUACUAAAGCUGUGAAUGCUUACUCAAAGCUUAAAAACUCCAAUGAGUUUGCUACUCUUCAGAAGACGUACGAGCUUGUGUAUCCCGCAACUUACUUGCAAGCUGGUAUCUUACUCGAGAGUCUACAGGAGCAGUCUUCAUACAUGAAUAGUGCUCUUUUUUCACUGAUGAAAGGGGUGAACUUAUAUCAGUUGAAGAAGGCAUGGCUGUCUCUAAUUUCCUCUAAUCCCAUAUUUUGCACAAAGUUUUAUAUACUACAAAAACCGGUAGAACAGAUACGUGUUUUACAGACUAUAGUAUCUUCCACUGAUGAUUUGGUUCACUUAAUUAAGGGUAUAUCUAGUGAUGAGGUGCUGUCAUUUUAUGGAAAACUUCGCUCUCGUUCAAUACAAGAGCUAAAACCUUUGGAUGUUGUCCCCUUUCAAGUGUGGAUUAUUGAAACAAAUAAACAAAGCUAUAUGUCUGUUCAUAUUCAUCACGUGUUAUAUGACGGUUGGAGUUUAUCGUUGAUGUACCAAGAAUUAUCCAAUCGAUAUAUGAAUAUUGAAGUGCAAAAACGGCUUCCAUACUCUAACUAUAUCGAAGCCACCUAUAACAAGUGUUUAAAUGCUUCGAUGUGGCAAUCUUUUUUUGAAAACCUGACGAUGCCAAAGACGGUUUUCUCCGUGUCUUCGAACGAGCUGAAGAAAGAUGAAUUCGUAUCAGUUGUUGAUAUAUCUAAAAUUACCUUCUUUGCUAAAUCCCAAGGUGUUAGUCCUCAAACAUUGUUUUAUUAUAUUUGGGGUCACUUUUUAUCAAAAUACAAAGGAGAGGACCCGGUGUUUCAUACAAUAAUGUCUGGCCGUACUCAAACAAACGGAGCCGAAACAGUUAUGGGACUGUGUAUGAACACGCUACCAUUACGUGUGUUCUUUAAGAAUUCGCUUCAUGAUUCUUUACUUGCUUUACAACAUCUUUACAACUGUGUAUCAGCGAACUCGUUUACCCCAUUGACAUAUAUACAUACAUAUUGUCAGCAAUUACGAGAUGUAGAGGUGGAUACCCUUUUUAUAUGUCAACAUUCACCUUUAGAAAGAAGUGAAAUAUCACCUCCCUGGAAACUUUUACAAGAAGACUCAAAAAUUAAUUACCCGUUAGCAGUUGAAGUCGAUAUCUCCGAUAAUCAUCUUUAUUGGAGAUCAACCUCAAGAACGAAUGAUCUAUUUAGAUUUGAUUUACUUCAACAUCUUGAUUCUCUGCUACUUAAGCUUGUUCAAGGAGAUUUAGAAUUGCCAGUGUUUUCUCCCGAAAACACCUUUACGAAUAAAGGUAUCAAAUUUGUUACGAAUGAUGUACGCUCAUUGGUACUUUCAACAUUCAAUAAUGUUAAAGAAUGUUUCUUUAAUGUCAUUCAUGACGAUGUUGUAAAUACUGAAUGUUUGGUAUUUUAUAUUUGUUUUUCUGAGAAGCUUUAUAACGCGGGCGAGAUUUCGGAAAAACUUACUAAAUUAAUUAACGAAUUCUCAAAAACCGUUCGACUUUCCUUUCCUCAAGGUUUAAUACCGGAUAUCAUAAUUCCCUUUGAUGAUAAUUUAACAAAACAAAUGAAGGACUCAAAGUUUCGCGAGUGUUUUUAUCACCAAAUAACCCCAUUGAAACGACAUCAAUUGGCAUCUUUAACAAGACCAAAGGAUUCGCCUGUACAGGGACAAAUUAUAAAAAUACUAAGUGAGACUACUGGCAUUCAGGAAAAUGACAUCAAACCUUCGAGUUCUAUAUUUGAACUUGGGUUGGAUUCGGUGAGUGCUAUUAAAAUAAGCGCGCAAAUGAGGCACUCUGGUUUCGAUGUUUCUGUCGCUGAUAUAGUCAAACAUCCUUCAGCAGAGAGACUUGCGUCGUUUCUUACGGAACGAACUAUGUUGCAGAGUCACAAUGCGGAAGCCGCAAACCUUAACAAUUUUAAAUUUGACAUCCAAAGAGUGGCACAACUGCUUGACGUUGACGAACGUGAAAUUCAGAAAGUCUUACCAGUUUCGGCCGGCCAAUUAUUUGCUCUGUCCUCAUGGCUUGCUACAAAUAAGCGGGAAUUCUGUUCAAUCUUUGUCUAUGACUUAAUCAAUAUCGAUGAUUUCGGUCAGCUCAAGCAUGCCUGGAAAGAAUUGGUUGAAACGACCGACAUACUACGUACUUCCUUUCUUCGCCCAGAAUCCUCAAACGACAAUGUACUUCAAGUUGUGCUUAAUACUUCCAAAACAAAUAAUCUGGUCGAGCUCGCAUUCGCGAGUAAGUCACAGUUUCUGGAUUAUCUGAAGUCGUUUGAUAUCAAUAUGACUCUAAAAACGCCUUUCAAACCAUUUCUUUGUAAAACAAAUGAUAAUUUGUUUUUGGCGUUUUAUAUUCAUCAUGCACUCUAUGAUGCUUGGUCCUUAUUCCUGCUCAUACAGAAACUGUUGGAUCUUUAUAACAGAAGAGAAACACGUACUUCUGGAAGUGCACAGGGUGAAUUUCUGUCUUUAAUCAGUGACUCUUCCAUGCAAAAAGAACAGCAAGCAUAUUGGAACAAUUACCUGAAAGGAAGUGUUAGCGCACGCUUCAAUUCUCAGACAGACAAGAAGGAACGAGUGAAGCUGUUUUGUGAACAUGUAACUUCAAUCAGUGCUGUUAAAGCCAGAUGCAUCAAACUAAAUGUCUCAUUUCCUAGCUACUGUUUUGCCACGUUUGCUAAAGUUAUGAGUACUUAUCUUCGACAGAAAGAUUUUACUUUUGGUAUCUAUGUUUCGGGACGUAACGUGAAUGUUAAAAAUAUUGAAAACACGAUAUUUCCUACAUUUAACGUUAUUCCUUUACGAUUUACAAACACGGAUGACAGCAUUUCUCAAAUGGCUAAAACUGCACAUGAAUUCUUGAUUUCUACAAACGGCGUUCUUCAGCAAAUGCCUUUGACGCAUCUUCCAAUAGCAGGGUUACUAAAUGUUACUAUGAACUUCUUAGCGACUCCUGACGGAGGCGAAGAAGAUGCUACCGGAGCUAUAGUGAAACAUGUGGAAAGUAUUAGACCUUCAAUAAAGUCUAGUACAACUUCGCUUAACGACAUGAUAAAGCCUUUAAAUAUUAGCCCACAACUUGACUUUGAAGUUAAGUUGGAUGGUGAAUAUUUAAAUCUUGGUCUGUUCUGUCAUCCCGGAGUUCUUGACAGCAAACAGGCUAAAUGUUUCAUUGAGGGGUUUGUCUGUACUUUACAUUCUGAGGUAUAACUUGUUUAAACAAUUAUAUGGGUGCUCUAUUACAAAAAUAAAACGUAUGAUAUUAUCCUAGGGUACAUUUUAACGGUUAGAACUAACAUCUAACCACUGAAGAUAGAAAAGAAACACAUUAAUGAUGACUUUUGGUGAACAAACGCGGUGCAAUGUUCAUAGACAUUAACUCCUGGAAUAGCAAUUUUGCUGCGUAAGGAAGAUAGAUCUGGCUAAAGCGUGUCCGAUUUUGGCAAGAACGGCAUUCAUAAGAGUUCUUUUUGAAACUGGCAAUAGCAAUCAAACCACAAAGAUCACAGACGAUUACUCGGUAUGCAUCCGAGCAAUCGAACAGACGCUCACGUAGUACACUGCUGCAACCAUGGGAAAUCUGACAAUCACGUUCCAUUUCACCGAAACGCAGACCACCAUCACGGGAACGACCCUCGACGGGUUGACGUGUAAGAAUCUGGACAGGACCACGCGCACGAGCAUGAAUUUUAUCAUCGACUAAAUGCUUAAGACGUUGAUAGUAAGUAGGACCAAGGAACACUUGGGCCACGAGCUUUCUACCGGUAUGACCGUGAUACAUAACUUCAAAUCCACGAGAGUGAAAACCGUGAGAGCGUAACAAUUUUGAAACAGCUUCAACAGUAACCUCAGUAAACGGAGUUGCAUCACCUUCAAGUCCUGAAAGUGCAGAAACCUUACUCAGUUGACACUCUACAAGAUGUGCAACUGUCAUACGUGAAGGAAUAGCGUGAGGAUUAAUAAUAAUAUCAGGGACAAUACCCUGUGCCGAGAACGGCAUGUCUUCAUGACGAUAAGUCAUACCGAUAGUACCUUUUUGACCGUGACGAGAAGCGAACUUGUCACCAAUUUGAGGGAUUCUGGUACUUCUCAUUCGAACUUUAACGAACUUGAGACCUUCUUGGUUGGUAGUAACCAUUACCUGAUCAACGAUACCGCUUUCAGUACUUCUAAGAGGUGUCGAUACGUCCCGCUUAGCAUGAAGUUGAGUUCUCUGACCCAGUUCUUCAUGAUCAGGGGGCACAGGUGCAGUUUUACCGAUAAUAAUGUCAUCACCAGAAACACGAGUACCGGGAGCAAUAAGGCCAUCAUCCUCCAACUUAUCGUAGGUACCGUGUUUCAUACGCAAAGUGGUAGAGCGAGUAGGUCUUUCGAACUCUUCCAUGACAGUCAUACCAAUUUUCUUUUCUUGAUCCAUAUAAGUACGAUAGAAGAUACUUCGAAAAAGACCCCGAUCAAUACUGCUUUGAUUCAUAAUAAUGGAAUCUUCCUGAUUAUAACCACUG